AUGUCGGUCCUCUUGGAGACCUCCGCCGGCGACAUCACUAUCGAUCUGUUCGUACAAGACGCUCCGACGUGUUGCGAAAAUUUCCUGAAGCUUUGCAAGAUCAAGUACUAUAACUACUCGCCAAUCUACAACGUACAACCUAGCUUCUCCUUCCAAACCGGCGACCCAAUCGGACCUGAAUCCAAGGACAGCGAUGGCGGAUCUUCAAUAUGGGGCUUGCCCGAUGGCGUUACGAAGCGCACAUCACGGCCGGAGAAGAGGACGUUCAAGCCGGAGUUCUCGAGUAAGAGGAAACACACAGAUCGAGGCAGAGUGAGCAUGGCAACCACGGCAUCAAAAGUCAAUCCGGACGAACGACUGGCGAGCAGUCAAUUCAUCAUCACGCUGGGUGACAAUCUGGACCAGCUCGAUGGAAAAGCAGCCAUAUUCGGAGAGGUUGUGGAAGGAUUUGACGCACUUGAGAAGAUCAAUUCGGCGUUUGUCGAUCAAAACGGACGGCCAUUGCAAGACAUUCGGAUAUUACAUACGGUUGUUCUGGACGAUCCAUACGAUGAUCCUGCCGGCCUCGUGGAGCCUCCUUCGAGUCCGCCUCCGUCUGCUGAGCAGCGAGCCACUGUACGGAUCGCUCACGACGAGGUCCUUCAAGAAAAUACAGAUCCUGAGCAACUGGAGAAACUAAGGAGAGAACGCGAAGCGCGAGCUCAAGCACUGACGUUGGAACUGAUCGGCGACUUGCCAUUUGCCGAUGUCACCCCACCGGAGCAGAUACUCUUCGUCUGCAAGCUGAAUCCUGUGACGCGCGACGAAGACCUCGAAUUGAUCUUUUCGAGGUUCGGCAAGAUCUUGUCGUGCGAGGUCAUACGAGACAAGAAGACCGGAGACAGCCUUCAAUAUGCCUUCAUCGAAUUCGCGAACAAGGAAGAUUGCGAGCGAGCAUACUUCAAGAUGCAAGGCGUGUUGAUCGACGAUCACCGCAUUCAUGUGGAUUUUUCACAAAGUGUGUCGAAAUUGUCCGCCGACUGGCGCAACAACACCAAUUCCAAAACGGCACGAUCGAGAGGCGGAUUUGGUGGUAUCGACAGCUUGCAGCAGAGGAAGCAGUACCGUUCGGAUGAUCGUGGCAAGGAUGGUCGCAGUCGACACUACGACUAUGUCUUUGACAAGAGAGCAAAGCCAGACGACCCGGAUGAAGACGGCGGAGGCAGAGAAAGGAAGCGUUCCCGAAGUCCGCGACGCGAGAGGUAUGAUGAUGAUCGCAGGGAUGAUCGACGAGGCGGAAGGGAUGAGCGGAGAAGAGAUGAUCGCCACAGGGAGCGAAGCAGAGAUAGGCAUCGAUCUGGGAGAUAUUGA